ACUGUGAGUGUGAACAUCAAGUACUUACAGCGCGAGACUAAAAGCGAGAUGCUUUGCAUCAAUACAGCAUCGAGACAUCCGGCUUUAACCUGAACUACAUGCACAGACCUCCAGAGUCAGGGAUGGCUGGGAAGCCAUUCCGAGCCACGUACGUCUGGACGAACAUCAUCAACAACCUUCAGACACAGGUGGAGGUGAAGAGGAGACGCCACAAUCUGAAAAUCUACCAUGACUGCUUUCUGGGCUCCGAGGCUGUGGACGUGGUUCUGGCUCACAUCAUUCAGAGCAAGUUCUGCGGAGACACUGAGGUGCCUCGUUCCAAAGCCGUUCGCCUCUGCCAGGUCCUCAUGGAGACCAGAGUCUUUGAGGCCGUGGACACUAAGGUGUUUGGGAAAGAAAAGAGGCCAGUGACGUUUGAGGACAGCAGCUGUAGUCUGUACAGGUUUCUAAACAGACCGACCCCAAGCGCAUCAAGCUCAGAGACCAUUGAGAGUGGAUACGACUCUCUCGGCAUACAGAGGAACACGUACAGUCCACCCUACAAAAGGAAAGAAGAUUCUGUGUAUUCAAACAACUCACCUGUCAAAACGGAUAAAUCUCUGGAGGAUGUUUUGGGAAAUCUGAACAUGAACACAACCAUCACACCACAGAUGAGGAAUCUGGGGUUAUCACAGGAGUUGAUGGAUGAAAUAUGGCGGCAGCAGACGGUACUAAGACUCCUACAGCUGACUGAGCUGCCGCUUCUGGAGAGCCUGUUGGAAGGUCAAGAGAGCCCUCGCCCGCCCCUCCACAGCAUGGACAGUGACCCAGACUUCCUCUACACCAGCAGCUACCUGGACCGUGAGAUCCUCAAGGCCUUCAGCGAGGCUCACCACGUCUUUGACAUCCACUCAGGCGUCUCCGAGCUGCUUGUGAAUGGGAAGCAGGAGCAGGCGCUGGAGUCACUUCAGCUCUGUCUGAAGCUGCAGGAUUCACGCAGUAGAGAGGAGCUCCGCAGGCUACUGCGCUUUAUGGCACUCGCCGCCAGCCCUCAGGAGAUCAAACUACACAAAGAGAUAGAGAACCGAAUGGCAGUGAAGAGGGCGUUCUCCAAUGCUAUUGUGUAUGGGACUAAACUAGCCAAGGGGAAGGUUGAUCUUCUGGUUCUUUUCAUGACGGACAAGCACCAUGACCUCUUCAAGGUGAGUCAGCAGCUCAGACUGGCCGCUAAAAACACUACAAAACUAUCUGCACAGUGUGUGUGUGUGUGA